GUGGCGGGGCCGUCGCGACGGUUGGCGAGGUCACUCCAGGUCAGACGGAGGUCACGAGAUCCCGGACCUGGAGUUUCUAGGUGUGCACAGCGCAGGGAUGCCACGUCCGGGUAGGGGGCGCAUCGCGGCCUCAAAGCGGAGGGUCCCAGUGUCCCAACCGGGCAUGGCUGAUCCCCACCAGUUUUUUGACGACACGAGUUCAGCCCCGAGCCGGGGCUAUGGAGGCCAGCCAUCACCUGGUAGUCUGGGUUACCCCACCUCUUCAUCGGAGGCAGCCUUCCUGGCUGCUCCUAUGUCCAACAUGGCGAUGGCCUACGGGAGCAGCCUGGCCGCUCAGGGCAAGGAGCUGGUAGAUAAGAAUAUCGACCGCUUCAUCCCUGUCAGCAAGCUCAAGUAUUACUUCGCCGUGGACACCGUGUACGUGGGCAAGAAGCUCGGACUGCUCGUCUUUCCCUACCUUCACCAGGACUGGGAGGUCCAGUACCAACAGGACACCCCCGUGGCGCCCCGCUUUGACAUCAAUGCUCCAGACCUCUACAUUCCAGCCAUGGCUUUCAUAACCUACAUCUUGGUGGCCGGCCUUGCACUGGGGACCCAGGACAGGUUCUCGCCAGACCUCCUGGGACUGCAGGCGAGCUCGGCACUGGCUUGGCUGACUCUGGAAGUCGUAGCCAUUCUGCUCAGUCUUUACCUGGUCACUGUCAACACCGACCUUACCACCAUUGACCUUGUGGCCUUCUUGGGUUACAAAUAUGUGGGGAUGAUUGGCGGGGUCCUCACAGGCCUGCUCUUUGGGAAGAUUGGCUACUACCUGGUGCUUGCCUGGUGCUGUGUGUCCAUCUUUGUGUUCAUGAUCCGGACACUGCGGCUCAAGAUCCUGGCUCAGGCAGCGGCCGAAGGAGUGCCGGUGCGCGGGGCGCGGAACCAGCUGCGCAUGUACCUGACUAUGGCGGUGGCGGCUGCGCAGCCGGUACUCAUGUACUGGCUCACCUUCCACCUUGUACGGUGAGCUGCCGGCCUGGCCUCCAGCUCCCACACUCAUCUCGCUUGACCAGGGCCCCCGCCCUCCAGGCCCGCGCUCUCCCUCCCAGCCAAGGUGCUCUUGUCGCCAGCUGCACACCCGCAACAAUAAACCUGAUGGGCUCGGCGCGGCCUCCGCCCCUGCCCGGCAGAGGGCGCCGGGGAGCGGAAAGGGCUGCAAGUUUAAUAAGUUAA